ACUUAUUUGAAGGAAAAAUUAUCGAGAGGCAGCCCCCGGCUGCAAGCAAAUAUUAACUAUUCGCUGUUAUUAAUAUGUAUCCACGCAGGAAAAUAAAGUUUUGAAUCGGUGAACAAAUUAUUUUGAAGUAUCUGUCUAAUCCGUUUGUAGGUUUGAAAUCUCCAGAAGUUUUGGUAUUCAGUGCCGUGUGUACAAUUUGCAGGGGGAUCGUUGCGAGAGCUCUGCAUUCGGCUAUACUGUGACGUGUGUUGUGCAAAGUGUAAAGUAUACUGAAAUUUUCAUAAAACAUGCCCUCGACUCUACGUGUAUAAGAGCACUUGGGUAUUUCUGUGCAAAUAUAUUAUCAUUUGAAGCCAAAAUACGGGUUUUGACCAUGCGGAGGCUUGGUUGCGUCUGAAGUGCAGGUCUGUGAUGGCGCCUCUACGGCCCAACAACGGCGUGAUCGUUGUGGUUUACUGGGCGCUGCUGGGCGUCGCGGCGUCGCUGGGCGACCCAGGAGCGAGCUGCGCCCGAGAGGCCCGCGAGUUCCAGACCAAGCCUGACGUGCCCUGUGACCUCGUCAAGAACUCCUUCUGUGAUACUUCUGGUGACAGCUACCCGUGGUCAAAGCUUCGGAAGUUCGUAUUCGAGAACCAGGGUCUGAUCAAGCGCAUGUAUGGAUACCAGACUCACUACGCCAUCCUCAAAGAAGAGCUACUCAAUGCAUUGGACGGGGAUUCUUCCUACGAGCCUUUUAACAUGUACAGCCCCGAGGCUCAGACUCAGCCAUCCGAAAAUUUCCACGCACCGUCAAAGGUUCGAAACUCUGUUCGCUCGAACGCCUUCAAUGAGAGGUACGCUCGAGAAGGCCGGGCAUUCCCUGAAGGCGAAUGGCAGGCUGAAGGCCAGAUUUAUUUCGAUGAUCGUGCCGAAAAAAUACCAAUUCCAUCAGAGCGACGAUUUAACACACGCCACAUCGACAACAAAUCUCCUGAAGAACGGUCUGCGAAGAUGAUGAACUUGCCGCAAAACGGCAAACGGUCAAUAGACUCGUCGUUGAAUGCAAAGAUUACGUUGGAACACGAACUGGAAGGUGGAGAGAAAUUGAUCGGCGUUGCAAACAUGAACAACUUGAACGGGAACCACAAGAUUCAGAUCAUGCAAGGUUAUGCACAGUCUGCAGUCAAAGGACCACACGAAUCGAGCGAAGACGAAAACAAAACUUCUGAUUUAAAAGCAACAAGCGAUGAACAACCUGUCAGCCUAGCGCCGUCGGUUUCAUCCAGCGUGGAGGUAACGACUUUAGAUACCAGGACAUCGUCUGAUUAUCAAGACGGAGAUGCUUUAAAGUUUCAUGAUUCUUCUACCGUGAAAGAUUCAUCGAAAUUUGGUGUCUCGUCCGAAGCUAAUUCCGACUCGUCGGGAAAUUCCGAGGGAGAAGAAUCCGCGCUCGAGAUUCUGAUGGCUGAAAUUGUGAAGGAUAAUGACGCUGCUGCGUCGACGGCAGAUCCCCUUGAUGGGAUCGACUUUACGGACGAAACUGAACAUGGCAUCACUGAGGAAACUGUCAACACUGCAGCUCCAAGACCCCCAAGCGAUGGGGCUGUCGGCGAAAUUUCCUCCGAUGAAGUGACUACGGAAUUGCCACUCAAAGAUGGCGAUGCCCUCAACACCCUUCCCUCCGCUACUGAAUUUCCAACUAAUUUCGCAGAAUCUCAGAGAAAUUCAGAAAGUUUCCACGUUUCCGGCAAUCCUGACGAAGGAUCCACGUUGUCUCCUCAGGACCGGUCCUCUGCAGACGUGCAAAUCGACAUCGUGACCCACACCCUUCCCGGCGGUUCGUCUGCGGACCACGUUCCUCCAGACGGCUUUAGAUUCCCUGACGAUUCGUCUUCUAAUUUCAGAACUUCCAUUUCAUCUUCAGAAUCCAGAAUUUCCAACUCCGGUUCUGAAACCGGGACUUCGAACGCAGCUUCUGAACCCAGAACUUCGAUUCCAUCGUCUGAAACCAGAACUCCGAUGCCAUUUUCUGAAUCCGGGUCUCCGAUUGCAGCAUCUUCUGAAUCCAGAACUGCGAAUCACAAAGAUUCAAGCAACAGAAGACACUCCAACACUCGUCGUCCCGCUUCUGCUGAAUCCAGACAUCCUUCGUCCAAGUGGAGUGCGGUCACUCCAGAGUCUCCAGCGAUUCAUGAAUCCAGCGCUAGAAUUCAAAGCCAUCACAUUGGAUUGGCUGAAGAAUCUACUCAUGCGCGUCCAGCGCAGGCGACGUGGCGCAGGCCGCAGGCGGGCGACGCCGAGGCGUCCUCUGUCCCCACCCCUCCUAUCUUCCCCUCCAAGAAGGGAGUUAACGCGUGUCCCGUGGAGACUGACGUCGUAGCGCCAUAUUGGGCGAACAACACGCGCGGUGAAGUGCUCGCCCUCCUCAACCUCGCGCCCUUCGAGCAGUACGUGCACUGGGAGAAGUGCAGGUACGAGUACCGACAGAUGUACUGCAGGCCAGGCUGUCGCUGUGAGCAGCAGUACAGACUGCACAGGAUGCUAGCCUUCGACCCCAGCAACGACUGCCGCGGCAUAUUCAGCGAUUGGUUCCGGUUCCCGUCGGGCUGCGUGUGCAAGUGCUACGACCUGCCGGACUCCGCGUCCCGCGCGGGGUUUGGCUACAACCGACGGCCCCGAGGCAGAACUGAUGAACAGACAGAGACUGGUGAGAACUCAGCGCUGAUAGCCGAAGAAGCGCGGGCUAGAGACACCGGCGAUCUGAGUGACUUGUUUUUUGAAUCAGAAGACGACUUACUGCCUCUAGACGAAGCUGAUGACCGCAUGGACGAUGGAUAUUUCAGCGACGACUUAAAUUCAGAUACUUCCUUAUCUAAUUCCGAUACUAAACGAGAAAAACCCACGAAAAACGAAUAUCUGAAAACAUUCAACCAGGAAAUAGCUUUAGAAGGUGAUCCAAUCCACGCGCUGUACUCACGGGCACAAGCCGCCAUGAGCCAAAACAAGAUCCAGCAGCAGACAAUUUCGCCCCAAAGACGCCCUCGUCCCCACGUGAUAAGUCAGAGGAGGAGCGCUGUCGUCCCUGACCAUGCAUAUGAUCUUCGGUUUUCCCAUCGGGCCCUCGGGUUUCAACCUAUGCCUCCUAUGGCCCGCUAUCGGUUUCAACCCUCGCCGCAGUUCCUGCGUCACAGUCGAUACUAUCAAAACCGCCGCUAUCUCAACGCCUGGAAUCCUCAAGCUUCUUUCCCUUCAAGUUUGUCUAAUCAGAGGUUCCAAAAAUACGUGGACGUUGUGGAUCAGAGGACGGUGCCCACUCUUUCUCCUCAUGUGGAUGAAAGUGUCGCUAACCCAGGUAGCAAUAACCUGAACUUGCAUCAUUUAAUGAAGCCCGCACCACCCACCCGGGUUAUGCCUUCCGUUCUUGCGCCUCCUUCCCUCCUCAACCAGGAACCAGAGUAUUUUUUUAACCUCACCAGCCACCUGAUCAGGAGCGAGCGGCUGGAUGGCAGUCGGCCGACCGCUACGGUCUUCAAAACGCGGGAGCCUCGUAGCCUUUCGUUGGACGCGCAGGAUGAUGAUAUCUAGUUUACUGUGGUAA